ACAUAAAAAUGUCGAAUUUGUUGAAAAAUAAAAUGAUGAUUGGUUUAUCAUAUAAGGAGCUGCGUAUGCUACCAUGUCCUUGGUUGAAAUCAACAUAAAAUUGGAAGGAUGAUUAGCUUCAGGUUUUACUAUAGAUCAGCUAUUCUCAACCUUCUUCUACGCCGGUACCCCCUGCCAUGUAAAUCAAGUAGGCUCGGUACCCCCGUUGAGAAUCGCUGCUAUAGAUAGUUAAUUUCAAAUGAAAACGCUUUUUACAAGCUGUAAUAGAACGGAAAAGUGCUGGCAUACCAACAUAAGGUGCCUGAUGGAAUUACAAGCUAUAAAUUGGCAUAUUAGCACUUUGGCGUCCUGUUACAGCUCGUAAAAAGCGUUUUCAUCUUAAAUCAAGUUAUAAAUGGCUUAAUGAAAAUUAUCAAGUAAGUUCUUCUGCCAAACAUGCUGAGAAAUUCCCCAGCCUCGUCGGCUCGACAUUUUUCAAUGUGGGAAAAAAGGGGUGGGUCACACGAUCAUGAUAAAUCAAUCAAUUUUUAAAUGGGGAAACUAAAAAAGGGUACCUUCCAUAAGCGUGUACAAACUACUCGAAAGACAUUUUGACGUUUCAGUUGUUUUGUUGACAAAUAUUGCGGGAAGUUUCGGUAGUUCCUUUUUUUUACAAACCAAAUGCAAUGGUUUCGUAAGAUUGGUUGUUUCCACAGAAGAAUCUUUCAAAUUUUAUGUGCGCAACAGUUUGAACUAUUAGUGAACUUCCAGCGUCGAACCGACACAUGGUUCCACGACAAUCGCCACUUGCAAUCAAAAUGAAAUUUGGUUUGUUUGCGGACACGAAGGCGCUGUGCCGAGUGUGCAUGACGGCCACGGACGGACAUCGCACUGACCUGUACGACGGAACUUCGCUUGUAGCCGGACAGCCGAGUUUACAUGAAAUGCUGAAGGCCAUUUGCGCCGCAGUAUUUGAUAAAUCUGAUGCUGACUAUCCACCGGGAUUUCCGACGCAGGUCUGCGCCAACUGUCGGAAUGCUAUCCUCGUGGCCUUCAAGCUACACCAGACGUGCAUCGAAACCGACCGCCGGUUGGGCGAGCUGCUGGCGCUAAAGUGGGAGCUUCAGGAUCUUGGGGGCGGUGGAGAAUCCGGAGAUCCGCUGAGGUCCAGUAAUGAGAUAGGAGAAAUAACGGACAAGAGUUUUGAACUGGGAGGAGAUGGUACCGCUCAAAUUGUAAUUCAUCCCGGACCUAAUGAUCAAAACAAUGUCUCGUGCCCAAUGAGUGAAGAAAAGAUUAAAGUAGAAGAACUAGACUUGAUGGAUGAAAGCGGAAUCGAUGGUCAUGACUCUAGUAGUAUUGACCAAGAAGAAAUAGCCAAUGAAGUUGGCAAUGAGAUGGAAGUAUGUGAAAUUUGCUCAGAAAAAUUCAUUGAAACUUCAAUCCUAUGCACUCACAUGACAAAUAGGCAUCAACUGUAUAUGUGCGAUUUAUGCCAUCAAACGUUUGGAUCGCAGCUCUGGCUAUCGAAACAUGAAACCCUGCAUUCAAGGACUAGAAAUCAUCUAAAUGUAUAUCCAGACCCCGUGUUUUGUUUCGAGUGUGGCCAAACGUUGCAAAACACCGCUAGGCUGCGCAAACAUUUACGGACGAGAUGUGCUAAGCUGAAAGCUUUAUCGCUAACGAAUAAGGAAGUUGCUAUCAGAACCUGCAGAGUAUGCGGUAAAUUUCAUCAAUCUGUUCGUCGUCUGUUUGAGCAUAUGAAACAGGACCACCCGGGCAGAAACAAGUUGGGUUUGGUCGUUGUUAGGAAGCGGAACCAAUGCAGUAAAUGUCAGGAAUCGUUUCCUACAAAAUCAGCUCUAACAAAACAUCGACAGGUUCACAAUGCGCCUUUUAAAUGUUCGAUAUGUGGCAAAGAGUUGCUCACCAAACAAGCACUCAAGGGCCACAUCAUGAGACACUCGGACAUUAAACCUCAUAAUUGCGAUUUGUGUCCACUACGGUUUUACACGACCCAGGAGCUGAAAAGUCACAUGUUACUGCACGCUAAACAACAGAAUGCCAUUAGAGAAAUAAAGUUGCACAAGUGCAAGACUUGCAACGCAGCGUUUCCUACGAAAGAAGCUCUAACCAAACAUCGUCCGACACACAACGUACCUAGCAACUGCUCGGUCUGUGGUAAAACGUUGAAUUCCAGCGCAGCACUCAAGGUCCACAUGAUGAGACACGCUGAUACUAAAGCACACUGUUGCGAAUUGUGUCCGCUGCGGUUUUACACAAAAGGGGACUUGUACAAUCACAAGGCAUCUCACAUUCAACAACGGACUCACAUUUGUGAUAUUUGUGGGUCGAAGUUUGCAAAGCAAAGUGCGCUGAAGAGACACGUUAAACUUGUCCAUGAAGGCCUUCGCCCCUUUGAGUGCCAGAUUUGUGGUUUCAAGCUGUUCACGUCGACGCAGCUGAAGCGCCACUUGCUUGGCCAUUCGAAGGAAAAACCCUACAAGUGCGAGCUUUGCACACAAGCCUUCGUCAAGACCGACGAGCUGGCCAAUCACGUGGCUCGCAAACACCGGGGCGGGCUACCGUACCCUUGCGAUCGCUGCGAUGAGUCGUUCCGGUUGAUGACGGAGCUGCGCCACCACUACCGGGUUCACGUUCAAGCUGGCGAACAGAUCGAUGAGAUGCGGUUUACCGCGAUGGCUACGUUGCAGCGAAUAUUCGCUAGGGAUAAACAGAAGCUGCCUGAAGAAGGCAACUGUGCGAAAUGAUUAGAAAUACAGUUUAAUGUGAAGGAUAAA